AUUUUCGCGUGAGCAAUCCGGGCAGAAGUAGGGGGAACAUACUGCAGAGCGCUCAGAUCUGCAGGACACGCUUGUUACGUCACUCGUCCUAAGAUAGGCAACAGCUGUGGAGCGGCUCUGCGGUGUCUAGCUGUCCGGAUCUGCAGACGCUUGGAGCGGCUGGGACAGAGAACUCGCAGCGACACUUCUGCCUUUAAGAAUUCGAGGGCAUCAAGUCUUCCGCUGACUGACAACUUGUUUUGCUUUAUCUGACUUUACUGAAUACCCAGACAAAAUGGCAGGCAAAGCAAAGGGAGCUAAAUACAGAGGCACUAUUGUCAACUUUCCUGAUUUUGAUCCAAGCAGUGAUGCUGAAGUACUGUAUAAAGCUAUGAAAGGAAUUGGCAGUGACAAAGAUACGAUUUUAGAUCUGAUUACUUCCAGAAGUAAUGCCCAGAGGCAGGAAAUUUGUGCCGCCUACAAAUCUCAUUACGGAAAGGACUUGAUUGGUGACCUGAAAUAUGAACUGACAGGGAAGUUUGAACGUUUGAUUGCGGGAUUGAUGAGACCACCUGCUUAUCAAGAUGCCAAGGAAAUCAAAGACGCCAUUGAGUGUUUAUUUGCACAGGGAACCCGUGAGGAAGAUGAUGUUGUGAGUGAGGACCUUGUAGAGCAAGAUGCCCAGGAUCUGUAUGAAGCUGGAGAAGCACAGUGGGGUACUGAUGAGGCCAAAUUCAUUACCAUUUUGGGCAACCGGAGUGUCACGCACCUUCAGUUGGUGUUUGAUGAAUACCAGAAGAUUGCAGAGAAGGAAAUGGAAGAUAGUAUUAAAAGUGAAUUGUCUGGUGACUUUGAAAGACUGAUGCUGGCCGUUGUUGAGUGCAUCAGAAGCCGUCCAAUGUAUUUUGCAAAAAGGCUCUACAAAUCUAUGAAGGGCCUUGGAACGGCAGAUAACACCUUAAUCAGAAUCAUGAUUUCCCGCUCCGAAAUUGACAUGCUUGAUAUCCGAGAGUGCUUCCGUCUCAAAUACGAGAAAUCUCUGUACAACAUGAUCAAGGAUGACACCUCUGGAGAGUACAAAAAGACGUUGCUCAAACUGUGUGGAGGAGAUGAUGACCUAGCUGGCGAGUUCUUCCCUGAAGCAGCACAGAUAGCCUACAAGAUGUGGGAACUUAGCGCCAUGGCCCGAGUAGAGCUGAAGGGAACAGUUCAUCCUGCAGCCAAUUUUGACCCAGGCAGUGACGCACGUGCUCUCCGGAAAGCAAUGAAGGGUUUUGGCACCGAUGAAGAUACAAUAAUAGACAUUGUUACUAAAAGGAGCAAUGCACAAAGGCAAGAGAUUCGGAAGAGCUACAAAUCCCAGUUUGGCAGGGAUGUCAUGGCAGACCUCAAGUCGGAACUCUCUGGCAAUCUGUCCAGACUGAUCCUUGGUCUGAUGAUGACUCCAGACCAGUUUGAUGCCAAAAUGAUGAGAAAAGCUAUAGAGGGAGUUGGUACUGAUGAAAGUGCUUUGGUUGAAAUUCUGGCAACAAGAACUAACCAGGAAAUCCUGGCGAUGAAUGAAGCCUACAAAAAUGCUUAUCACAAGAGCCUUGAGGAUGACAUCAGCUCGGACACUUCAGGGCACUUCUGUAGGGUUCUCAUCUCCCUGGUGCAGGGGGCUCGUGAAGAGGGAGAGGCAGAUCAGCAGAAAGCCCAGGAGGAUGCCAAAGAACUAGGUGAUGCUUGUGUUGAUGACUCCAGCUCCACGGAGAGCAGGUUUAUGAGUAUUUUAUGUACCAGGAGUUACCCUCAUCUCCGCAGAGUGUUCCAGGAUUUUGUGAAGUGCACAAACAAGGAUAUUGAACAAGUUAUUAAGAAGGAGAUGUCGGGAGAUCUCAAGAAUGCCUUUAUUGCUAUUGUCCGAAGUGUUAAGAACAAGCCUUCCUUCUUUGCUGAGGGUCUAUACAAAGCUAUGAAGGGAUUAGGGACUGACGAUCGUGCUCUGAUCAGGAUCAUGGUAUCCCGCAGUGAAAUCGACCUAUUCAAUAUACGCAAGGAAUUCAAAGACCUUCACGAUGCUUCUCUCCACGAGUUCAUCCAGGUCGAGGCUCUCUGUGGUGACACAUCAGGAGAUUAUCGUAAAGGCCUGCUAGCUAUUUGUGGAGGAGAAGAUUGAUUUCCUGAAAGCCAUCCCCUGCCUUUACCACUCAGGAGUUCUCCCAAGUAUGACAUUGCUUACCUGUUGCUUUAGAACAGAAGCAAGCUCAAGAUACAGUGACAAGCUCCUGAUCGACUCCUACAGUAUCUUCACUUUACCCUGUGCUAUGCCAAAAAAUGUAACCACCAGCCUUACAACUGAAACCCCCUGCUGCUUCCAUGUGGUCGAUGUUCUGCAACUUCCAUCUUAAGAAGAUUUUAAGGAGGAUGACAGAUUUUAUUAUUUUUUACACUGUCCUGUAGUUUGUGGCAUUACCUUUGAAUGUUAGGGUAGCAAUGCUUGACUUGGUUUGUGGUAAGGAAGCAAAACAAUGAUAAAAAAGAUUUGCUUGAGCUGUUAUAGAUCAGGACUCUCUACACUGGUAAGUCGUGCAACCUAGUGAUAAAAUUGGAUAUAAUAUUGAUUAUAUUAUUGGAUAAAUUGGAUAGAACAUGUUAAAAAAAUAAAUAAAUCACUGAAGUGUGCAUUUGUAGCUGUUUUGCUUUUUGAGUUUUUUCUAAAGAAAUAGCAAAUGUUGUGGGGGCAGUUUUCUAAAAUUGUAAUCAGAGUUAAGCAACUGGGAGAGAAUUACGAUGGUAAGUCUUAAUGUAGCAUAACCCACUGAAUUUAUAUUUAUAUUUUUUGGGUAAAUAUUACGAGAUUGUUCAACCAAAUACUUAUGGUUUCAGUUUUGAAGAGAGGUUUUAAUAGUUAUACUUAUUACAUUGCCCAUCCUUCUUUGUUCAUUUAGAAUUCUAGAUGCCAAUAGAGCACUCUUUCAAAUCUGCAAAGCAUGUAUUUACAAUAAAAAAAAAAUUAAACAUUUGGAGGGACAAGGAAUAGAGAACUGCAAAAUGUUCUAUAAUUGCAGAUUCAUUAAACCGUGUGGUAAUGAUAAUAACUGAUAAAAUCAUCUGUUUUUCCAAGCCUUUUUGUUCAAACAUGAACAAGGAGCUGCUAAUGAACAACAUAUCACAGCAAGUUCUUAGAAUGUGCUUGGAAUUUCAAAGUUGCUUAUAAGAGUGAGUAGGGCAUUCAUUUGGGCGUGCAGUGGCUGAGGCAAUAUCAAAGCACAGGUGUAAUUAUGACUUCCAAACAGUUUAAAUAUAGUGGUUCCAUUACAACCUUGUCAAAGACAUAUUAUGCAGGUUAUAAGCAAGCAGCCUGUCUGUAUGGUGAUAAACUGGGGUUAUUUCUGUAACAGAUCAAGCCUAAUUACAUUGUAGUAACAUUUAUGGCCAGGUUGGAAAUACCCUUCACUGCACAAUGUGGUGCAUACCUCCAUAGAAGGGUUUAGUUUCAACAGAUUUAAGAAACCAAAAAUAUGUGUUAUGGUGAAGCUACACUUCAGGACUGCUUACUAUUCAGUAGGUUGCCAUGAAGGGUGAGAGCCCUGACCAUGGCAUUUAAAGACGAUUUCUUAGUGACUUUUAUCACAUUCUUGUUCCAUCGAGUCCUGCCCAAGUCCUGUUAGACCUUCCAUCAGUUUAACCUCUAUUAAAUCUCAGACUUAGUACCUUGCCUCCAAACAGAAUAUUUAUAAACAUAGAAAUGUCAAGAUGUUUUGGUACUGAAGUCAAGCGGCAUUUUUUCUUCUUAUAAUCUUCAUAACACACAUAAGAGUUGAUAUAGUUUUUGUCUCGGGUUUCCAAAUGCAGGGAAGAUGAGACGUAAACAUAAGACAUGCUUAUUUACAUGAUUAUUAUUGUUGCUCAGCCUUUCUGAAUCUCCUCUUCUCUCCCGUAUUCUUAACUUUGCAUGGCUAGUAAUAAUGAGUGUGGCAAUUUCCUGCUUACCUCUGCCAGGCAGUAAGGUGCUAGGGCAAAUUGCCCAUGGAGUAAAAUCGUGAAAGAGGAAGCUGUACACUCCAGUUGAUCAGCUGCAUUCACCUCAGAUAUUUUCAAAGAGGAAGUUAGUGAACCAACUGGAGUGCACUGAAACCAAAAUCUCUUUGAUAUUGGACAAGCACAAACCACAAAAUUACCUGGGAGACUUCUCACAGAGCAGUGAAACUAGGAAUGUGUCAAAAAUUAGUUUGAAAGGGAUAACUUUUUGCUAAUUUAAAAACAGUAUUAUUAACAUGAACAGGUCCCUAAAUCAAAGUAAAAGCAUCCCUACAUUUGGAAUGAAAAGAGCACACAUUUGGAUUGGUAUGCAUCUACUGUAUGUUUGAGUAACUGGUUUGUGAAUUAAAUGCUUUUGUGAAGCACUAGGACAUAAAAAUCUGUUCCUUUUUAUUAAUAAUCCAACAAAUCAAAUUUUUGUGUGUUUGGGAGUUUUUCCUCUUUUUCACGUUUUUUUUUAAAUAAACUGAUCUUUUGAAAAUUAAUGUUAUAUUUCCUCUUCUGUAUUUACUAUGUGGUACUUCUGCUUUUGUAUGUGGUAUGUAAGAAGAAUGCAGGAUUCCACACUACAUUUUCCAAAAGAAUGCACUUCUUUUCAUCGCUAGUCAUAUUAAUGUUAACCAAUUUAACAUUUGGUUAACAUUUGGGGAUUAAAAAUAAGUAGUAUUUCUUCCAAAAAGUGGAAUAAUUGGUUAAUACUGAGAAACAAUUGGCAUAGUUCUAAAAAAUGUGUUCAUUUGUAUCAGCCAUUUAUUUCACCAUAAAGACAUGACCGUCUUGCUAUAAUUCUCUUUAUAUUAAGUUGUAGUACUCGCAUUAAAGGUACAGAAUUUGAGGGGUAGCGAUGAACUUUUAUUGAAUGUUUAAUGCAUUUUAAUUUUAAAACAUUAUUGCUUCAAUUAUUACCUUUAGUAAUGGUACUUUCUCCAGAUAUUUUGGGCCAGAUUAACUCAUUUACUGUACCCAUCACUACUUUUAUAAAGUAUAGGGGCUAUACCAAGACAUCAUAUGAUUUAGUAUAGUUUGCUAUACCUCAGCAACAAGACAUAUGUACAUGUAGAAACCUUACUGAUUGCUGUUGGCUUCUUUCCCAGGCCUGGUUUCAAACCAUGAUGGCCACAUUCUUUUGGCAGCAUGAGUUCACUAGUUGGUUUGUGGAAUGUUGAAAAACAUGCCAUCCUAUUGAGAAAGCACCCUGUAGUCAUAGAGCAUAACUAGGUGAUUAUGUGUUCAUGUGGUUGUGAACCACUGUUGUGCAGUUUUUUUGUUUUGUGCAGAGCAUGUUCUGUUUCUGGGAAACAAAAACAAAAUGUUGAAAGCUCAUUUUCGUUUGUUUGUUUGUUUGUUUAAAGAGGAGUAAUUGUCUUCAUAAAAACAAAGAUCCUUAGUCGGGUACUGUAAAAUGAAUGAAUGAAUCCGAACAGCCUGCCUAAUUAACUAAUUGUAAUUGUUUAUCAAUGCUUUCCCAUUUCACUGAUGAGAAAAAAAUGCUAAACCCACCAUCUACUGUCUAAAUAUUCAGCAUCUCUUAUUGAAAUGGGACAAAUAACUAAAAACUUUCACAAAAUUAAGUGACUUGCAUUGAUGAGACCAAAGGAUGAACACGAGUCUCUAAAUAGGAUUUUAAUUAAUAAAAGACAAAAGAGCUUUUUUAAGCACAGACUGUUUUAAGGAUAAUUGUUUUUUGCAACUGUAAAUAAAAUACCACCAGUAACUAGCUUGGUCUGCCCUAGGCCCAAUCAAUCAUGAGUGAGUCGUGUUAAAUAAUUCACACCUAUUGACAUGUACACCUGGCAUAAAAAAGAAAGCACAUGAAGUAUAAAUCUUGGGGAAAUUCCCAUCAUAAAUCAUCUGUCUUUCAAGCGCCAGGACUGGACCUCAAAAUAAAUAAUGCCCUGCACUGAAACAUGAAACACUCUCUUUGGCAUGGGGACAUUUGAUGGCUUUUUUUUCAUUUGCCUUAUCAAAGAUUUUAGUUUAGUAAUAGGAUACAAUACAUAUCCUUUCUUCAUCAAAGAAGAUCCAAAAAUGCAUAAGCUAUUUCUGAAACUAGAAUACAUUAUAAACCCCAAAGUGCUCAAUUGUUACUAUUAAUUGAUGGAGUAAUUCUACACAGUGCAUCACUGUCACUUUUUUAUGAAUCAGUAAAGAGUUUUUAAGUACUGACUCGACAUAAUCGCAAGUAAAUCAAGGGGAAAAAAAACAAACUGCUUUCUUUCUGAGGUUGCUACAACCUUUUUCCAAAGAAUUAGUCUGCUGAAAAAGAGCUUCACAUGGUAGAGGCACAAUAAUGAUUAUGCAAAACCUUGUUCUUUCAAAGCCAGAUGGAUUGUUACUGCAAGCCAGAACUGUCAUGCAGUGCCUGAUUUCAUGUGUGUUACCAUAGCUUUGCAACCUGAACUUCAUGCAGUGGACGCUGCAAAUAUGGAACAAUAAACUGUUUCCCUUUCA